UAACUAUUACAGCAAACCUAGUCGUACUACAACAACAUACUACGUCUUUGGCCUCCCAUAGGUGCUCUCACUUCUCUGGCGACACUAAAAUCCAUCGGUCCACACGAAUUUGAAGCCUUUGUUCCAUGCGCUGCCUGCGUCAGCUCUUUCUCGUUACUUUAGGUGUCGCAGCAUGGGCUCUACAUGAAUCUGACGUGGGUGUAGUGGAUUGGAAUACGAAAUUAAUUGGUGUACCGUUACAUGGAUCUCCACAUACCGCACCUGCAUUCCACGGUGAUUAUAUCCUGACUGCUACGACCAACAAUGUAUUGGCAGCAUUGAAUGCCACAGAUGGCUCUAUAGUAUGGAGGAGUAUAUACGAUGAGGAGGAUCCGAUCAUGGCCUUCAGCCACCAUGAUGAUAGCGUGUCUUCUCUAUCUGGACCGGGAGGUUCAACUUUGCGCACGUACGACCUGGAAACUGGCCACCUUAUAUUGGAGAAACAAUUACACAGCCCGGUAAAUGGACGACUCCACGAACCUCAAAAUUUCGGGAUUUCGCUAUUGCGCUCUAUUGACCCCUCCCUCAACUCAACAUCCUAUUUUGCAUUGACAAAUGGAGACUCCGUCACCCGUCUGGACGAGACUGGGGACUCUCUGUGGACAUGGAACUCUCCCGACCAAGGGUCAUUAAUAUUGUAUUCGCACAUCAUCGCCGACCCUUCAACGGUGUAUGUAGUGGGACUCGCAAAGUCGUUUGCAUCCUACACUCUGCACGUAACGACCCUGUCGGCGACCACGGGUGAAGUCAUCGCGUCUGUCAACAUUCCAGCAAAUAUCAAAGAUGAACGAUCCAAAUUCGUGGCUGUUAGUUCUCAGACAGGACCUACAACAACUGCCUGCGUUAACUGGCUUGAAGACGGCGCUCUUAAAGCAGCCGUAUUGACACCUGAUUUGAAGGGUCAAGUUAUGGCUCUUCCGGGCGUCAAGUACGACAGCAUCAGUGACUUCGGCCUUUCGACCAACGGGCAAUUCCUCGCGAUCAAGGAAGGAGGUGCUGCGCACGUUAUGCAUUUUGACGCACAUGCAUCUUCACUUCGGCCAAUCUGGGAAUUCAGUGACGCGGCCCCUUCACAGGCGCAAUCAGGUUCUCAUUUAGUAGGAAGCCUUAGCGAGGAUGGCGAACCGCGAGUUGCGCGAGUUUAUUGGUCGAACGUUCACAAUAAAGCCAUCCACCAAACUCUUGCCAUCCAAUUAUCUGAGGGCAAGGCCUCGGCCUCUGGUUUCGUGUUUCCCUUCCAGACGCUUGACCACGGUGUCAUCUGGCAUGUGGCGUUUGAUGGCUCGAGCACGGGCGAGACGCACGAGAAUACUCGCAUGUUGCUGACCACCACGACAGGCUCAAUACAGCUUUGGCAACAUGACAAGAUGCAGUGGGUUCGGGAAGAAGCACUGGCAUCUAUCCAAGUCGCGGAAUUUGUCGAACUGCCCGAGAAGAAGGUUGUCAUGUCACAUGCUGUUGUGGAUGAGGAAGGUUACUUUGAGCGGCUUCAACGCCAACUAUCUGAUACCAAGAACCUUCCCCAAUACUUGGCAAACUUUGUUAGGCGCUUUGCGACUGGCUCAUACGCCACUGUGACUGCGUCGGCCGCAUCUUCCUCAGAUGAAGAUACGCUCACGCGUGACGCUUUCGGCUUCCGACAGAUUAUCGUAGCAGCUACACCAUACGGCAAACUCUUCGGCAUUGACUCCAGCAAUGGUCGAGUCUUAUGGAGUCGCGUGCUUGGCCUUGGAUGGGCAGCAAAGGUUGGUGGGACCAUAAUUCCUACCAAAAUGUUCGUCACGCGGACAGUGAGCGACCCAGAAGGACCUCAAAUAGUGCUCGUCACACAACGUCGGGCUGACAAUUCUCUUGUCGACACCGUGUUAUUCCACGUAAAUGCACUUACUGGAGCUGAUGUCAGAGAGGAGACCCUGCCUAAUUCUAGAGCUGCAUUGCAAGGCCUCGAUGCCGUCAUGGGUCCGUUAGUCGAUGUUUUCAUGCUUCCCGACGAGAACCGGACAAUAGUCAUGCUCGAUGAAUACCUCCAAGCGCGCCUUUAUCCAGACACUCCAUCGGCUCAUGCUGAAUUCGAGUCGUUCGUCCCGUCCAUACAUCUCGCUCUCCGCGCGGAUGUUCCUGGCCAACGUCAGAUCUUGGGCCAUCAACUUACCCUCAAUCUCGAGCUGUCCCAGUUUUAUGUUGCCUACCCAACAUGGACACUUUCGCUGCCGCCAAAAGAAGAAAUUCGCGCCAUCAUUCCCAACACACGCGGUCCUGUUGCAUCGAUCGGAAAGGUCCUGGGAAAUCGUAUGACGCUGUAUAAGUACCUCAGCCCCCACCUGACUCUGGUCCUCACAUCUUCCCCGCCGUCCAGUACGUGUGGGAUAUAUGUGUUGGACGUGGUCAAAGGUAGCAUAAUUUACCAUGCCAGCGUCCCUGCUGCCGGUGGUAUGUGCGACGUGCAAGCGACCCUCACUGAGAACUGGCUAGUAUAUCAUUACUUUGAUGAUGAAUUUUCUGGAACCGGGCAGAGCAAAGGGUAUAGAGUCGUUUCUGUUGAGUUUUACGAGGGUGAUGGUCCAGAUGAUAAAACAAGAAGCUCCGAGCUUUCGUCGUAUUCGAACAAAACACUGCAUGUCAGCGCAUACGAGCAAUCGUUCAUCAUGCCUCAUGGCAUCACUGCUAUAUCGUCAACUUCGACAAAGUUUGGAGUAUCAACGAAGGAUAUUAUAGUUGCAAAUCGCAAGAACAGCAUUCAGUCUAUUCCCCGGCGAUUGCUCAAUCCACGGCGGCCGAAGCGCAAGCCUACUAGCGAAGAGCAGGAGGAGAUGCUUGUACAGUAUGAUGCUGUGCUGCCAGACGACGCCCGGCUCGUGCUUUCACACAACUAUGAGGUCGCAAACGUCCGCCGCAUCGUUACCUCUCCAUCUCUACUAGAAUCCACGUCGCUCGUCUUUGUCUACGGCCUGGAUCUCUUCUUCACGCGCAUCGCGCCUUCUGGUACAUUUGACGUUCUCAACGAGAAUUUCAAUAAAGUACAGCUUGUGCUGACGGUUGCUGGACUUGGCAUUGCGAUUAUGGUGACAAAGCCUAUGGUGCGACGGAAACGGCUGCGCGAGCGUUGGUACUAGUAGCUUGCCUUGAGUAUUGUACUUGUUCUGAAAUACAAG